AUGAUAUCUGAGAAUGAGAGUACUCGAGUUUUGUUGGUGAUUGUGCAGAAUCCUUAAUCUAUAAUACUGCCUCAUUCUUUGUUCUAUCGAUACUUUUCAAGUUAUGGGGAAGUGAAUAAGAUAUUGAUAUUCGAGAAAGGAAAGUUAUGGAAAUGCUUUAUAGAGAUGGCUACUUUACAGUAGGCCAAGAUUUCAUAGUAGUAAUUGAAUGGCUGUUAGUUGUACGAGUAAACAAUAAUGAAUGUGUAAACAAUCUAAAUGAUUCAUAGUUACUAUUCAACACUGCAGAGUGUCACAUUCCUGAACAACAAUUCAGGCGGUGUGGAUUACAAGGCAAUGAAACAAAGAAAUUCGACCAAGACUGUGAAUGUUUAUGAAUAAGACUAUCAUCCAAAGACAUACAGUCAACCCUUGAUAACUCAAUAGGAUGCGAAAUUAAGCAUGGCCAGUUUUGGAAACGAGAGAACGAGAGCCAGUUUGAACGACAAAUAAGAUUUCCAGGAUUAUAAAAAUGAAUGGGAACCUUCAAAAAUAUAAACAUCGCUGGAAUUUAUAGAUGAUAGUGAUUCCCCUAGAAACAGAAAGUACGCCUCCUUCAAAUCAAUAUAAUUUGAUGACAACGAACAUGAUCCCAUAGAUGAAGACAUAAUGCAUGCAUUUUCAUCUGAGAAGAACACUUACCUAAAUUCGUAUAUGUUUUCGAUACCAGAGGUAGAGGACAGGAUAAAGAAUCAAGAUAUUGACCCAUACACUUAUGUAUCGCCUUAAUUCUUGAGAGAAAAUCAACCUUCCAAAGUUGUCUAUUUGAGAGGGUUGAUGAAUCAGAAUAUUACGCCAUUAAACAUAUUUAAUUUACUAUCAAAUUUCGGAAAUGUGUUAGUAAUCAUUCAUAUCAAGCAUAAAACAUCAGCCUUGGUGUAAUUUGAGAAAUUGCAACAUGCUUAAAAUGCACUUGAUCAUCUAAAUAAUCAGGUGUUCUUUGCAUACAAACUGAAGAUCUUCUAUUCAAACUAUCAAGAAAUUCAGUUCCCCUUGCCAUUCCAAUCCCCUCAAACCUAAGUCUUUAUGCCCAUUCCAUCGCAAUUCAGAUUUAGCGAUGGCAAAUCUAUAUCGUUCAAUCCACCUAGCCAAAUACUGCAUUUGAGUAAUAUCAAAGGGAAGAUGUGCGAAGACGAGAAUUGGCAAUGUUUAAGCAAUCAAAUUUAUACAUAUCGACAAGUAAGAAAACCUCUAUAAUAGAUAAAAACAUAUGGCAUUAGUAAGAUUAUCGACUUUAGAAGAAGCAUUGAAUGGAGCAGCUUUACUUCACGGGAAAAGAGGUAAUGGGCAGAAAGAUCAAUGUUUCAUUUACCAAAAUCAGCUUUUGCUCAAGUAUUAUGA